AUGGCGGAACCAAAGCUGCGCCGGACGAGAGUCGUCUGCAUCUCAGACACGCACAAUUGCACCGUCAAGCUCCCCAAAGGCCAUGUCCUCAUCCACGCCGGAGACAUGACAAACCAAGGCAGCUACUCCGAGCUCUCAAAGACGGUAGCAUGGCUAGAAGAAGCAGACUUCGAAGCCAAAAUCGUCAUAGCCGGGAACCACGACAUAACACUCGACAAGGACUUUUACGCACAACACGGUCCAAGGUUUCACAACCAACGCCCCCAGUCUCACUCGCAGUGUCUUGAGCUGCUCGCAUCUUCACCAUCCAUAACAUAUCUCCAUCACGAAGCGGUGACAAUCCGUCUGCGCUCGGCCGAGGGGCCGCGCACUCACUUCACAGUCUUUGGAUCGCCGUAUUCGCUCCGCUGCGGUCUCUGGGCCUUUGCCUACGACGCCCCAGCUGCUUCCCCCGGCGAGGACUCGGAACCGACUAGCCUGUGGGAUGACAUCCCGCCCGAGACUGAUAUUGUGGUAACGCACACCCCGGCCAAGGGAUGCCGGGACGAGACGGAUAACGUGCAAAGGACAGGGUGCGAGGCUCUGAGAAGAGCGCUGCGGAGGGUGAGGCCACGGCUCGCUGUUUGCGGGCAUAUUCAUGGCGGACGGGGCGCGCAACGGGUUCUCUGGGACCCGGGGGACGGGUUCUCUUCCUCAAGAGUGAGGGCCUGGCGGGAUCCCGGGGCGGGGAAUAAUGAUAAAAUGAGUCUGGUAGAUCUUUCGGGGAGAAAGGAGUCUCUGUUGGAGGCCGGGGAAACGUGUGUGGUGAACGCGGCAAUCAUGAAGAGUAGUUACCCGCACGAGGGUGGGAAGCAAUUCCACAAACCUAUCGUGGUGGAUGUGAACCUGCCGGUGGGGGUAGAGGGGAGUUGA